AUGGCCGCUGCUAUUAAGGCAAUCAAUGCUAAGAUACGCUCCAAUAAGGCUGCCGACUAUAUCUGUUCUACUCACUUCUGGGGCCCCGUCUCCAACUUCGGUAUUCCCAUCGCGGCAGUGAUUGAUAUUGGCAAGGACCCUGAACUUAUCUCUGGUGGAAUGACCGGCGCUCUCAUCGUCUACGCUGCUACCUUCAUGCGCUACUCCCUCGCUGUCACACCCAAGAACUACCUUCUCUUCGCCUGCCACUUGACCAACUUCGGCGCCCAAACUACCCAGGGAUACCGAUAUCUGCAAUACUGGAACUGGGGAGGUCGAGAAGCUAAGCUUGCUGAACAGGCGGCUAAGAGUGGUGCGCAGGCUGCUGCGGCUUAA